CGCUCCGCGACGGAGCAGCGGCGCGAGCGGCAGGACCUCGAGUAACCAGCUUUCUUUGGCGGAAACCACCGCGACGGGUCGGCGCUGCGGCCACCGGCCCGGCUGACCAUGGCCCUUUCUGUGGAGACCGAGUCGCACAUCUACCGAGCUCUGCGCACUGCCUCUGGGGCUGCCGCACACCUUGUGGCCCUCGGCUUUACCAUCUUUGUGGCUGUGCUUGCCAGGCCUGGCUCCAGUCUGUUCUCCUGGCACCCUGUGCUUAUGUCCCUGGCUUUCUCCUUCCUGAUGACCGAGGCACUACUGGUGUUCUCUCCUGAGAGUUCGUUGCUGCGCUCCCUCUCACGGAAAGGCCGAGCACGCUGCCACUGGGUGCUGCAGCUGCUGGCCUUGCUGUGUGCACUGCUGGGACUCAGCCUGGUCGUCCUCCACAAAGAGCAGCUUGGCAAAGCCCACCUGGCCACACGGCAUGGGCAGGCAGGGCUGCUAGCUGUGCUGUGGGCAGGGCUGCAGUGCUCAGGUGGGGUGGGGCUGCUCUAUCCCAAGCUGUUGCCCCGAUGGCCCCUGGCGAAGCUCAAGCUAUACCAUGCCACUUCUGGGCUGGUGGGCUACCUGCUGGGCAGUGCCAGCCUCUUGUUGGGCAUGUGCUCAUUCUGGUUCACUGCCACUGUCACUGGUGGGACUUGGUACCUGGCUGUGCUAUGCCCUGUCCUCACUAGCUUGGUCAUCAUGAACCAGGUGAGCAACGCCUACCUGUACCGCAAGAGGAUCCAACCAUGAGCUCUUUCCAGCCUAAGGAAAGCCUGGAUUUGCCUCUCAGUAUAGAAGCUGAGGCUGCAGAUCUCUUGGACUCUCACCUGACUAAAUCAGGGUGACACUUCAGGCACCGGGGCAGUCAGGGGUAAGAGGAGACCUGUGUGUGACAUUUUUGCUCCUCAUGAUAGAGUGCCUCCCUUUUCUUUCUCUCUCCAUCAUCCCAGAGGAGUAUAUGAAUCAUGUCUAGAUGAAGGUGGGGUUCCAAGACUGCCUCACUAGCAAUGCAGCUUAUAUUUGUACUCGUAUCUCCAGAA